AUGAAGCUCGAGGUCGCCGCGGCCAAGGCGCGGGGCGACGUCGUCGACUACGUGCCGCGCGGCGGCGCCGCGCCCGAGGCCUUCGACAGCGCCGCGCGCUGGCCCGAGUGCGCGAAACUCAUCGGCGACAUUCGGGACCAGUCGAACUGCGGCUGCUGCUGGGCCUUCGCCGGCGCCGAGGCGGCGUCGGACCGCCAGUGCAUCGCCACGGGCGGCGCCGUCGCCGUGCCGCUCUCCGCGCAGGACGUCUGCUUCAACGCGAACGUCGACGGCUGCGACGGCGGCCAGAUCAUAACGCCGUGGACGUACGUCGCCAAGGCCGGCGCGGUCACGGGCGGCCAGUACAACGGCACGGGGCCCUUCGGCGCGGGCCUCUGCGCCGACUGGUUCGCGCCGCACUGCCACCACCACGGGCCCCGGGGCGACGACCCCUACCCCGCCGAGGGCGACGCCGGCUGCCCGUCCGAGAAAAGCCCCGAGGGCCCAAAGGCCUGCGACGCGACGGCGGCGGCGGGCCACGACGCCUUCGCCGCGGACAAGCACACCUUCGCCGGCGACGUGCAGACGGCGUCGGGCGAGGCCGCGAUCAUGGCGAUGAUCGCCGAGGGCGGGCCCGUCGAGACCGCCUUCACGGUCUACGAGGACUUCGAGAACUACGCGGGCGGCAUCUACCACCACGUCACCGGCGAGGAGGCCGGCGGCCACGCCGUGAAAUUCGUCGGCUGGGGCGUCGAGAACGGCACCAAGUACUGGAAGGUCGCGAACUCCUGGAACCCCUACUGGGGCGAGGCGGGCUACUUCCGCAUCCUCCGCGGCAGCAACGAGGGCGGCAUCGAGGACCAGGUCACGGGCAGCCACGCGGACGCCAAGUGGACGCGCGCGGGCGACUCGGACUAG